AUGGGUUCAGUACUCACUCGUCCUUCUAUACGAACAAAAUUACAUUUAAAAAAAGCGCAAAAAGUCGAAAAGAAUGCUCCGGUCGAGAAGAAUGCUCCGAAGCCCCAUGUAGAGCAGAAGCCACCAAGCAAUGAGAAACCUCGUUCACCUGCAGCGAACAAAUUAGUGCAAAAGAAAGUUGCAAAUACUCCAACAAAAACUAAAGAAAAGCAACCGGAGCGAGCCAAGUCUACACGGCGUGAAGUGUCAGAAACAUUGUGCAUGAUCGAACAAAAGAAAAACAUUAAGAAAACUACGAAGAUAAAUCGAGGUAAAAUAGACGAACAUGAAAACACGAGAGCAGAAAAACCGAAAAAGAAACCGAAGAUAAAGAGAAAAAGGCUCACAUUGGAAGACCUCAAGAUGGGAUGUGAAAUCACACAGGAUGAUAAUGAAUUAAGUAAAAAUGGUUCUGUAUAUAUGGAAAAAGUACCGCAAGAAGUGAAAGUGGAGCAAAAGGCUUCAACGAUGCUGCCCAUGUUGGAGAACCAGGAACACGCAUUCAUCACGGAGCUAGAUAAGAAACCCCACUUGAAUGUCGAGGCAUUUUUUCAGAUGGCCAAUCCUUUUGCAAAUGAAGGCGACAUACUCGAUGUAUCUGAUACACUAUUUGAUGUUGCGAAUGAGUUUCCGGAUGCAUAUCUACAAGGAGACAUACACGCACCUGAUAAAGUUUGCUUAAGAAAGAAAAAGAGUCGUGAUGCGGUGACAGCUGCCACAUUGGCGUCAAUUGAAGUCACUAUGGGCGACGAACGGCCUAAACGGAAAAAGAAAGCAAAAACAUUAAGAGCAAGAAUUAAGCGCUUGAAAAGCGUCAAAGAUUAG